UAAGUCAAGAGUCAGACGCACGGGCUGAGGGUCUGGGAAAGCCCUAAGUCUGGCUGCCUUAUUGGCGUCUGGAAGUGAGUUUUGCAAGUAUUUAAGCAAAGGCUGAAAUUUGGCAGAGGUGGAGUAUAAGCGAUUCCUGCACUGAUUGGUGUAAUGGAUGAUCUUUAAAGGCCCCUUCUAGCCCUGAAAAGUAUGAUGCUAUGGGAGAGUUUAGCCGGCGAGCAUCAGCCUCCAGCAAUGACCCUGCCGGCACUCCCCCACUCGAAACUAAAACCAGGGAGGGAGUUUUUUUCCUCCAUCUGUGACAUUACCACCACAGAGGUAAACCUGCGGAAGCUUCACCCAAUCACGGGAGGCCGUUUUAUUUCGUACUUUCCGCGACCCCUUGUUCUCACGCUCGGUUUAUAUCCACUGGGGCUCAUUGCGCACACGCCCCCUCCGCUGCAAAGACAGUUUCGGUUCUGACACUACGUGAUGAAAGCACGUUUCCUCAUCAGCGGCACAUAACCACUGAAAAAUUGCCAGAUAAAUCCCUGUAGAAACGUUAAUUUGAGCCUAGAAUCCUCAAGAGUAAGAGGCAAGAUUCGUCUCCUUAAGCACCUGGAGGGACAUUGUAUUUACAGAAACUUGCCGCUGGUGAACUAUAUAGGUUGUAAUUUAGAAGACGGCCGAUUGGCGCUUUAAGGAGAUCGUUUUGGCCUGAGAACUGGCAGCGAGUUCUCGGAGCUACUGGGGAGCCAUGGAAGCAGCCAAGAAAGAGAAAAUCAGCGUUGACGAUGAAGCUGUGGACAAAAACAUUUUCAAAGACUGCAGCAAUAUUGCUUUCUACAGGCGUCAGAAAAAACAGCUCUCCAAGAAGUCCACCUGUCGGGCAGUACUGGACUCAUUCACAACCGGCAAAGAUAGCACCAGCUUCCAAAUCAUCAACGAAGCAACUAAGAUUCCCCUCCUGGCUGAAGUUUAUGGUCUAGAGGGAAACAUUUUCAGACUUAAAAUCAAUGAAGAGUCUCCCCUGAAGCCCAGGUACGAAGUUCGCGAUGUCCUCACAAGCAAGCUGAGCACUGUAAGAUUGAUUUCAUGCUCAGGGGCUAAAGGCAGUCUGGUGUUGGCAGAUGGAAAAGGAGAUCUGAAGUUUCAUGUCACUGCAGACCCAUUCAAGGUAGACUUGGUGUCUGAAGAAGACAUUGUGAUGAGCGUAAACUCCCUGGGUCAAUUAUACUUUGAGCAUUUACAGAUCUCUCCCAAACAAAGAGCUACCAAAGAAAAUGAGGAUGACGCAUCAGUUGACACCUCUCAGCAGGAAAAUCAAAAUGAUAUGGGCCUGUGGGAGGAGAAAUUUGGAAAAUUUGUAGAUAUCAAAGCUAAUGGUCCUGCCUCCAUUGGUUUGGAUUUCUCCUUGCAUGGAUUCGAGCAUCUUUAUGGGAUCCCACAACAUGCAGAAUCACACCAACUGAAAAAUACUGGUGAUGGAGAUGCUUACCGUCUUUAUAACCUGGAUGUCUAUGGAUAUAAGAUACAUGACAAAAUGGGCAUUUAUGGCUCAGUGCCUUAUCUCCUGGCCCACAAACUGGGCAGAACUCUGGGCAUUUUCUGGCUGAAUGCCUCAGAGACACUAGUGGAGGUCAAUACAGAGCCUACAGUAGAGUACACACUGACCCAGAUGGGCUCUGUUGCUGCUAAACAAAAGGUGAGAUCUCGAGCUGAUGUGCACUGGAUGUCGGAGAGUGGAAUCAUUGAUGUCUUUCUGCUGAUGGGACCUACGCCUUCUGACGUCUUCAGGCAGUACUCACACCUGACAGGGACACAAGCCAUGCCCCCUCUCUUCUCCUUGGGCUAUCAUCAGUGCCGCUGGAACUAUGAGGAUGAGCAGGAUGUAAAAGCAGUGGACGCAGGAUUUGAUGAACAUGACAUUCCUUACGACGUCAUGUGGCUGGACAUAGAGCAUACUGAGGGCAAGAGGUACUUCACCUGGGACAAGAAAAGAUUCCCAAACCCCAAAAGGAUGCAAGAGCUGCUCAGGAGCAAAAAACGCAAGCUUGUGGUCAUCAGUGACCCUCAUGUCAAGGUGGAUCCCGACUACUCAGUGUACGCUAAGGCCAAAGAACAGGGCUUCUUUGUGCGGAAUCGUGAAGGCGGAGACCUGGAAGGGGUAUGCUGGCCUGGUCUCUGCUCUUACCUGGAUUUCACCAAUCCCAAGGUCAGAGAGUGGUAUUCAGGUCUUUUCGCUUUCCCUGUUUACCAGGGAUCUACUGACAUCCUCUUCAUAUGGAACGACAUGAAUGAGCCCUCUGUCUUUAGAGGGCCAGAGCUAACCAUGCAGAAGAAUGCCAUCCAUCAUGGCAAUUGGGAGCACAGAGAACUUCACAACAUCUAUGGUUUUUACCAGCAAAUGGCUACUGCAGAAGGACUGAUCCGGCGGUCAAAAGGGAAGGAGAGGCCCUUUGUUCUUACACGUUCUUUCUUUGCUGGGUCACAAAAGUAUGGUGCUGUGUGGACAGGUGACAACAGAUCAGACUGGAGUUACCUGAAAAUUUCCAUCCCCAUGUUACUCACUCUCAGCGUCACUGGGAUCUCUUUCUGUGGAGCUGAUGUAGGCGGGUUCAUCGGAAAUCCAGAGGCAGAGCUGCUGGUGCGUUGGUACCAGGCCGGAGCCUACCAGCCCUUCUUCCGUGGCCAUGCCACCAUGAAGACCAAGCGGCGGGAACCCUGGCUCUUCGGGGAGGAACACACCCAGCUGAUCCGAGACGCCAUCAGAGAGCGCUACGCCCUCCUGCCCUAUUGGUAUUCUCUGUUCUACCGUGCACACAAGACCGCUGAGCCCAUCAUGAGGCCUCUGUGGGUAGAAUUCCCUAAUGAGUUAGAGACUUUUGGUAUAGAAGAUGAAUACAUGCUGGGAAGUGCUUUAUUGGUUCAUCCAGUUACAGAACCAAAAGCUGCUGUGGUUGAUGUGUUUCUGCCAGGAUCAGAUGAGGUCUGGUAUGACUCUAAGACAUUUGCUCAUUGGGAAGGAGCAUGCACUGUGAAGAUCCCAGUAGCCUUGGACACUAUACCAGUGUUUCAGCGAGGUGGAAGCGUGGUAGCAGUAAAGACCACAGUAGGAAAAUCCACAGGCUGGAUGACUGAGUCCCCCUAUGGACUCCGGGUGGCUCUAAGCUCUCAGGGUUCUGCAGUCAGUGAGUUGUAUCUUGACGAUGGACAUUCCUUCCAGUACUGCCACCAGAAUCAGUUCUUGAACAGGAAGUUUUUGUUCUGUUCAGGUGUUUUGAUCAACAGUUGUGCGGAUGAGAGGGGUCGUUAUCCCAGCAAGUGUGUGGUGGAGCAGAUCUUGGUCCUAGGCCUCAGGAAGCAGCCAUCUUCCGUGACCACCCACUCAUCUGAUGGGAAGGAUCAGCUUGUGGCUUUUACAUAUAGUGCCACGACGUCCACGCUGAGCCUGGAGAAGCUGUCACUGGACAUCGGUGCCGACUGGGAGGUCCGCAUCAAAUGACGAGGCCGUGCCUGGUGAUGAGCGCAGGGAGCAGCCUGCCCUUUCAGGUCUCCCCGCCUGGCCUUUCUUGAUUCCUGCUGCACUCUAUUGACUUCCCUGGCUCAAAACAAUCCUUCCUUAGUCACAGUGUGGUGCACUAAUGAACAAGAGAUUUCAUAGUCUUCACAUUUGACAUUUUUAGAUGCAUUAGUAAUACUCUUUGUGUCAAACACCGCCUCUCCUGGACACAGGGAGCGCUGAGUCAUUUAUGGAGCUCACGAAUCUUCCAUUGCCUCCUGGGCCGUGGACCUGUGGCAAGCACUGUGCCCAGCGAGCAAGGGGUUUGUUUCAUGUGGGAUGUGGGCCAAGCCCACCUGGUGUGGCCCAUGUAACAGACUUGCCCCAGGCUGCACGGCAGAGUCCAUCUGGCUGCAGCAGCUGAGUGGCUCCAGGCCUGUCUCCAAGCAGACAGCAGCUCUCCAGGACCCCCUAUCCCAUUAUGUUUCACCUCACAGGCAAGCCGCUCUUUCCUGGGUGCACCAUGCGUGCAGCAGCACAAGCUGUCGUUCUCCCCUAGAGCUUACCUUAGGAGCACAGAGCACCCUUCUCUUCCUGCUUUCCAGGCUCGAAAUUCUUAAUUAAUCUUCUUAAACUUCUAAUUUCUUUGUCUUCAUUGUUUUUAUUAAAUACUAUCUUCUAGCCAAAGAACAUUUGUAACACGAGAACGUGAACAAGCUAUAAUAAAUAAUAAAAUAGAUUCCCUGUCCUUACCACCAAACUUCAGAGUUGGAAUACAAAGCAGGGACUAGGGUGACAGAGAGAGGCACUUGCCUUGUGAACAAAAUUUAAGGGGGCACCCAAAAAUGCAAUAAUCAAAAUAAAUUAUGUCCAAAUGCAAUAUUUUUAAAAAUCAAAACUAGUGCAAAAAAUCCAUGGUGAACAAAAUAUCAAAGUUUUAAAUAAAGACAGAAUCGGUAUUACUGGUUUUUCCUUUUGCCUCAGGCUGCAGUGGGGCUGGGCGCGGGGUAGAACAUUAACCGCAUACCAGCUUCAGCAUGUGGCUCCCUGCGGCCCACCGCAGCAUCUGUUGGGGCAGCCCCAUCUCCUCAGCACAGCUCCACAUGCACCUGUUCUUAUCAGGCUUCCACCUCUUAGCACCUGGCCAGAUGCCACUUCCACGCCUGCAGUUCCUUCUGCCUGCGCAGAUCUCACCAGCCUUCCAGACCCAGCUCAAAUCCCACUUUUCCAUGAAGCCUUCCUAAUCAUCCUAACACCCCCUCGCCCCCAUCGCCUGUGAUAUCGCCCAUCUCUGAAAUCUUGCCCCACUUAUAAUGUGUGCUGUGGUGCUUAGCAUUGUCGGGGAUGUUCCUUUAAUGUUUCAAGUAUGUUUGUCUUGUUUCCAGGCUAGAUUACGUGCUCCGUAAGAGCGUAUCAUAUUUCUCUUGUAUCUGCCAGAGCACCAGUAUUUGGCUUUCAGUAUUAUUCUCUGUGUGUAGUUAACUGAUGGAUCUGAUUGUUUAAAAAGUAAAACUCGAAUGGAUUGUUUCUGAUUUGCUUUUUUGACAUAGGACUCUUCCUUCCAACCACAGUAAACAUUGUGCAUUUCCUCACGGACAUAUUUCAUUGUAUCAGUUGAGAUUUGAGCUUUGCAGCAAACAUAAGCUCAUGUAGACACAUAGGGAUUUUUUGCUUCUAUUUCUAUAAAUUUUGCAAUUAAUGAGAAAGGAAUCUGUCAACAUUAGCUGAAGUCUUAUCUCCCAGAUUCAAAUUUCCCUUGCCAAUCUAAAAUAUGACUUAACCUGAAAACUGACUACCCUUAUCUAAUAUAAAUGAUGGUUUUUAAUAGCAUGUAAAGCCAAAUAAAGGCCUGUGGUUCAGAUCAACAUUUAUUGCAUGUCUAUCCUUCUGUUUAAAAUAUUUUUGGGAAGAAACAGGAACUAAUAGAGUAAAUUUGUGAGGCACUGCUCUGUGUUGACCCGGGUCUGCCCCAGAGUGUUUGACUGGAGACGCUGAGUGGGAAGUAGAGUCUGAGCGUUUCAAAUUGUUCUCUGUUCUUACUGCGUCUCACACUUCACCCCUCUUCUGUCUCGGAAGCUGUACCAGAGCGUUGUGUGGGGCUGGUGUGCCCUACAGCUGCUCAGUCAUCUUGCUGCAGCUAAUUCUUGAUAUAUUUUCUCAGGGAACUGGGUUUUAUGUAAGAAUAUAGAAAGAAUCAUUUUAACACGGAUUCAAAUAAAGUUCUAACGUGAAUGCAAUAAUGACCCAGCAAUUCUACUUCAAGACUAAGAUGCCAAGGAAUGAGCUGACAGAUCACUUUAAAAACAGAAAAUGCCCAACAAGAAAAUGGGCCAAGGCAAUCCACAGAAGAAAU